AUGCCUCUUAGUAUUAUUAGUAGCUUCUACAAGGUAAUAUCUAAACUUUUGGAUGACAUAAUUAAAGUGGUUAUGCCUCAACUUAUAUCGAGUGCACUGGAAGCUUUUGUGAAGCAUAAACAGAUAUUAAAUGGUAUUUUAUUGGCUAAUGAAUGCAUCAAUAACAGAUUAAGACAGAGAAGAGCAGGUAUUCUUUGCAAAAUUGACAUGGAGAAGGCAUUUUACAAUGUCAAUUGGCCCUCUCUUUUUGCAAUUUUAGAGAAAAAUGGCUUUGGCGCAAAGUGGAUCAAGUGGAUUAGAUGGUGCGUUACGGAAGCUCAAUUCUCGGUGUUGGUGAAUGGUGCAACGACUGAAAGAAUCAAGCCAUCUAAAGGUUAA